GUCUUCUUCCUUUUUUUUGGUAACGCAUCCUUCGUCUUCUUCCUCGCCGAAGAGAGAGAGAUUUGUAAUUUUAAACAUUAUACCGAAUGGCAUGUGAUAUGGAUAAUUAUUAUGAUUUUUUUUUCUGUCAAAUCACUGAAUUCCGUUGAAUAAUUAAAGCUCAGAUUGUGAUUGAUUUGAUCUGUCAAAUCACUGAAUUCCGUUGAAUCAAAUCUCCAGAUGUUCUGAUCUGUUUUUUGCAACACUGACAGAUCAUGAGAUUUUGCCAAAGUUUCAUCAGUGAGAUGUACAGAUAUCUGGAUCCUGACAAAGUAAGUAGUGUGGGUUUCUGCUUUUUAGCAAGUAUCUGCUUUCCGCGGCACUUUCAAUGUUUUCUGGAAGAUAGGAUUUUCCGUCAGAGGAGAUGGGUGUCGGUACUCAGAGAAAUGGGAUACCUCUUUGGACAGUAUAGAUGCCUAGCUGGUCAGUUUCAGGACCAAGGAUAUACUGGGCUGGUUCAAGCCUUAGAACUGAAGCUAGUGGCUAUGGUGUGCUUUCUUUUGCAUGACUUAUACUUGCAGAUAUGAACAAAGAAAUAAAGGGACUAAGUUUUGUGCAGAUUCAAAGGGAUAUUUGGUGGAUGAAGAUGGUUUUGAUUAUAUGAAACUUGCAUUGUUGAGGGAUAUAAAAGCCCAGCAGAGAUUUUUGAGCGACUACUCCAAGACAUACGCACAUUCAAAAUACUUUGAAGAAGCAAAGCCAUGGAGUGAGAGGUGUGACGUGGCAUUCCUCUGUGCUUCUCAGCACGAAAUCGAUCAAUCAGAUGCCAUCAAUUUGGUUAAUGCGGGAUGUUGCUUGCUUGUUGAAGGGUCAAACAUGCCAUGUACAGCUGGAGCAGUUGAUGUUCUCAGAAAGGCGAGUGUUCUAAUUGCUCCCGCCAUUGCUGCGGGAGCUGGAGGGGUUACUGCAGGGCAAAUAGAAGUGCUUCGUGAAUGCAAUUCAAUGCAGUGGUCAGCUGAAGAUUUUGUGACUGAUUACAGGAAGCACUGAAGCAGACUUAUGAGAAAGCCCAUAAAGCAGCUAAUGUUUUCGGUUAUCAGAAAGAAAGCCC